AGAGGGUGGGUGGUGCCAACCGUCGGCUGGCGAGCCGGUGGCUUCUGUGAGGAAAACGGACGUUAGUCUACCGUCGGUCAGGCUGCUACUGACAUGAGCGGCCUGGCUGGGGCUGAGAGGUCCCUGUUCCCCCAGACCGGCAGUCUCACGAUUCCCGACCAUGCCCCAGGAGACCUGGACGCAGACCAGUGCCUGAAGCUCCGUGAGGAAACCGAGGUGUCGCAGGUGAUGGCGGAGCCGGGUGCGGGAAGCUUGAACACGGUCGCGCUCCCACCGCCUCAGCUUCCAGAAGAGCGGGGAGCCUUCCACGCCCCCGCGGGCUGUGGCCGCCCUGCCCAGAUCCGAGGCGGUGGGAAUCGCGGUUUCGCAGCGACCGAAGCGGGGCAGGCGGAGGCUCCGCCUCUCACGGAAGGCCUGGAAGCUGUGUCGGUGUCCGUGGCAACGGACAACAGCCUGGAAAAUGGCUGUCAGAGUGGAGAGCCGCGCGGCCCAGGUGGGGAGAAGCCAGAGAGGCCGGGGUCUGAGAUGUUGGCAGAGGUGAAGGCCAAGGCCCUGGAACCUGAGAAGUGCGCCAUUUUCUCCGUAGCAGUGGAUGAGGAGGUGGUGAAGGAAGGAGUGAAGGAGGAGGAGGAGGAGGAGGAAGUGGUGGUGGAGCAGAAGAUGGAGGUAGAGAAGCAAGUCGGUGAAGAAACAGAAAUGAUUGAAGAAAAUAGAGUGGUAGAGGAGGGGCAGGAAGAAGCAGGGCCCCGACCCUUGAAUAUGGAUCUCCGCAUGAACCCCCUGGAAGCCAUCCAGUUGGAACUGGACACUGUGAAUGCUCAGGCUGACAGGGCCUUUCAGCAACUGGAGCAUAAAUUUGGGCGGAUGCGUCGUCACUACCUGGAGAGGAGAAACUACAUCAUUCAGAAUAUCCCGGGCUUCUGGGUCACUGCCUUUCGGAACCACCCCCAGUUGUCCCCCAUGAUUAGGGGCCAAGAUGCAGAGAUGUUAAGAUACAUAACCAAUUUGGAGGUAAAGGAGCUCAGGCACCCUAGAACUGGCUGCAAAUUCAAGUUCUUCUUUCGAAGAAACCCUUACUUCAGAAACAAGCUUAUUGUCAAAGAAUAUGAGGUCAGAGCCUCUGGCCGAGUGGUGUCUCUUUCCACUCCAAUCAUAUGGCGCCGGGGCCAUGAACCCCAGUCCUUCAUUCGCAGGAGCCAAGAUGUCGUCUGCAAUUUCUUCACUUGGUUUUCAGACCACAGCCUUCCAGAGUCUGACAAGAUUGCUGAAAUUAUCAAAGAGGAUUUGUGGCCAAAUCCACUGCAAUAUUACCUGUUGCGUGAAGGAGUCCGUAGAGCCAGACGUCGCCCCAUAAGAGAGCCAGUAGAGAUCCCCAGGCCCUUUGGAUUCCAGUCUGGUUAAUCUCGGCCUUUGGAAAUACUGCACAAGGUCCCCUACCACCUCUUGCUGGACCUGUGCUUGGACAACAGAAAUGGUACAAUCUACCCCCCCAAUGCAAGGCUAAACUCAACGCCCAAGAUCAAGAGUCUUCUGCUCUACCAACUGUGAGCCAGCCAGAGACCAACAAGAGAUACCUUUUUGAAUUCACCCUAUGUGGACUGGACCAUGCCCAAGGAUUUUCAUGGGUAGCACAGUGGGUAGCAGAAAAGAUCUGUUAAGAAAUCUGGGCAUUUUAUAACCAGGUGAGAUCAGAUGACUCUUCUAUUAAAACAAGGAUCUCCAGACUGGGGAUUCAACAAGAGGGAAAGAAUGGCAUCUCUGUUACAGGAAAGUCAUUUCUGGUGCUCUUUGGAAGAAAAGAGAAAGGCAGACAAAUCCUGAAUUCUUAUUUACCACAACAAUAUUCUAUUAAACUCUGUGUAUUAAAUACACAUCACAUCAACCAUAUUAUCUAGCAAUUAAAUGAAGUGAGCCAAAAUGAACAAAUAUUCUUGAACAGUAAGUUCAACGUAAAAUAUAACAGAAACAGAAAAACUCUGGAUCUUUUUUUUUUAAAAGGUAUUAGCAGGAUAACAUGUAUAUAUAGAUUCUAUCCUCAACACGUCUGAAGCCAUGGCCAUCAGUAUUUUUCUCCCAGCCAUUUUUCUUACUUGAAAAAUAAGGUAAAUUACACAGUCGUAUCCAAUUUUACUGAAUAUGUUACUGAAAUAAUCAAUUUCAAGUUUUCUGUGAGAUAGAACUUCUUUAUGAGAAUGUGAACAUAGCAGAGUGCUAACUUAGAGACUAACACUUUGCUUUCUAAGGAAGUAUCCCAGACAUCAAAAUCAACAAUUGAAUAUGACACAUCAACUCUCUCCUCCCUUCACCACAAAAAAUCGGUACAUGUUUAACUUUGUUUGACUACUGUUAAGUCCUUCUUAAUAUUUUCUCCUGAGAAAAGGUAGAAGACAAAAGCCCAGUGCCAAGUUCUUUUCCAGGGGGCUGUGGAAGAAAGCUUUUGGCAAAUGAAAACGGGAGAUGCACUAAUGUUAAUACUGCUUCUUUAAGGAGAGGUAAUUACUCCCAGAAGAUGGAGAGGGGGUUAUUUUCUCAUUCUUCGGAGAAAUAUUUAAAUCCUAGAAUAAUGAAGAUUCACUUUACUUUGACUUUCUUACUAUUUCAUAACCAUAUCUCAUUGAACCAGUUUUUAUCCACGUACUAUUGCAAUAAUUCAUCGGCUUCCAUUAUCACAUUACUUUGUUCUCUCACUAUAAAUCUGAAUCACUUUGAAAUAAAGGAAGAAUGAAAUAGAAAAACUGAAAAUAAUAGUUCAAUUCUGGGCUAGCCCUUUCAAGUUACAAGUUCCAUGUCUUUUACAGGAAAAUUGUUUGUAAAAGGAAGAAAUAUAUUUAGGUUAUCUUUCUUUAAUCUUAUGUGUGUAAGCAUGGAACAAAAUGAAAAUUAAGCUAUUCUUUUGAAA